AUGGAUGGAAGUAGGAUACAGUGCUUGUCAACAUUACUCUUGGAUUUCUUUGUCGUUCCUUUGUGUGCAGAGUUGUAUAGGUGUUCAACAAACGCUUAACCCCGAUUAUACAACUACAAGAGAGGUUGAUACAAUUAUUUGGAAUAUUUUUUGGCGUUUGUGUUUGUUUUUUCAGCGCAUACAAAUCAACUAAUUAGCUAAAAGCACUGCUAGCUCAUUGCGUAUGGCGUAUUUUGGCCCACACCUUAGUAAAAUACAGAUUUCAUGAUAUUUCACUGUGGCUAAGGUCAUGCCACGAUGUAAGCCACUGCGAUGUCACCAUGGUGAUGAUUAGACUAACUGGUCUUUUCAGAACAGCCCGCAGGUGCGUUUGCAGUGCCGCUGACGACAUGGCGAAGGGCAAGUUUUUCUACGCUGUAAAGAAGGGAUUCAAACCAGGAGUGUACAGUUCAUGGAAUGAUUGUAAGAUCCAGGUGGACAAGUUUCCAUCAGCUUCCUUCAAGAAGUUUGUGUCAGAGAGAGAUGCCUGGGCGUUCGUCAGGGGAGAAAAGCUUUCUGCCCUUCCAGAGGUGAAACAAGUUGCUCAGACUGUGGAUUCGGCCGUCGAUCUGCUUCCCAAAAGAGGCCCAGAGCCUCUGGAAUACAUUCCUAUUGGUAAGAAGAGAUGUCAUGCAGACGAGGAGACGCCGUCGCACCCCAAGAGAGUCAAACAGUCAGAAAGUUCGUCAUCAGAAAGCGCAGACGGAUUCACAUACAUGGGUGACGCUGUGGUUGUUUACACCGACGGUUGCUGCUCGGCCAAUGGACGGGUUGGCGCCCGAGCUGGCAUCGGCGUGUACUGGGGUCACAACCACCCACUAAAUGUCUCAGAGCCGUUGAAGGGAAGACAAACUAACCAGCGUGCAGAAAUUCGGGCGGCCUGCAAGGCGCUGGAACAAGCCAAAGAGAAGAACAUAAAGAAGUUGGUUCUCUACACGGACAGCAUGUUUACGAUAAACGGUGUGACCAGAUGGGUGAAGAACUGGAAGCUGAAUAACUGGAGGCUGAAAUCUGGAGGUCCGGUCAUCAACAAAGAAGACUUCAUGAAGCUGGACAGACUGAAUGCAGAGCUGGAGGUGGUGUGGAUGCAUAUUCCAGGUCACGUCGGCUAUAGAGGCAACGAGGAGGCUGACAGACUGUCGAGAGAAGGAGCAGCCAAGCCUUUGGAGCAGCAGCAUGAAGAAAGCGAAGACUCUGAUUAAAUAGAUCUGCUGCAUGACUGUUCGUGUGUAGUCUGGUUCCAUGGCAGCCUGACGACUGCUUUGAUACAGAGGUUUGUUUGUUGCAGAACUGAAGGGAGAGCCUGUGUCUUUAAGUUUAACUGUAAGAUUUUAGUUUUUGUUUUGCUCUGCUCUAAAUAAAGUUGUAAGUUUAGGCGUCA